AUGAUGUCCUUUCCUAGCACAGCCUCUACAUCACAGGAUGACCAUGAAAGCAAUUUAGGAUCCACUUCUUCCAGGAAAUUGAACGUUACUCUGUUAAGCAGUGAAUGGAGAUCAACAAAAGGAGGCUUGUCAACCAUCAACCGAGAGCUGGCCAUUCAGUUGGCAAAACACCCCAGUGUGGAGGUCAGUGUUUAUCUCCCUCAGUGCAGCGAAGAGGAUAAACAAGUUGCCAAAGAUCACAAUGUCCGCCUCAUUAAAGCAAGAGAAAUGCCAGGUUUAGAACCAAAUUUCUGGUUAUCUUGUCUGCCAGAAGACCAUGUUAUGGACUGUGUUAUAGGACACGGGGCUGUUCUUGGUAGGCAAGUGCAGAUCAUCAAGCGAACUCAUCCUUACUGUCAAUGGAUUCAGGUCGUUCAUACCACUCCUGAAGAACUUGGAAUGUACAAAGGAUAUGAAGAACGCAUUUCCAAAGGUGAGAAGAAGCACCAAGUGGAGAUUGAACUCUGUAAAUUGGCUGAUCAAGUUGUAGCAGUUGGACCUAAGCUGGCUGAAGCUUUCUCAGGUUAUCUCCGUCCAUUUGGAAAGGAUCAAGAUGUUCUCAAUCUUACCCCAGGCAUCUUCUCAGAAUUUUCUAAUGUAAAGCAAGCCACUGAAGAAAGAAAAACAUUUAGUGUUUUAAUGUUCGGACGUGGUGACAAUGAAGAUUUUCAGCUAAAAGGAUAUGACAUUGCUGCCCAAGCCAUUGCUGAGUUGAAAGAGGUGACCUACAAACUUGUUUUUGUUGGAGCAUCAAGCGGAGAAGAAGAAAAAGUAGCAGACUUGUUACUCCAGCAAGGCAUUGACUGCAGUCAACUAACUGUGCGUUGUUUUAAUGAAAACAGAGAGCAGCUAGCUCGGUUGUUUUGUGAAGUAGAUCUUGCUAUAAUGCCAUCCCGAACUGAGGGAUUCGGUCUAGCUGCCCUUGAGGCUUUAUCUGCUGGUCUGCCUGUACUGGUCAGUGGGAACUCUGGUCUUGGCGAGGCCUUAAAGGAAGUUCCGAAUGGUUCAAAUUGUGUGGUAAAAUCAAAAGAUCCUAAAGAUUGGGCCAAUGCAAUCAAAGCUGUUCGGAAGAAAAAAAGGAAGCUGCGAUUGAGAGAGGCCAAGCUUCUUCAAGGAGAGUAUGAAGAGAUGUACAGCUGGCAGGAUCACUGUAAUAGACUUGUGGAACGAAUGCUUGCCAUUUCUCAAGGUAACAGGCUCACAUUGUUAAUAUUUAAAGUGGCAUGUAUAUUGUGCAUUGCUGGCAUUAGGAAGUGUAGGUUCACGCAGUUACAAUGACAACAGUAGUGAGAAGCUGACCUCAACAAAUUUUUUCAUCUCUUUUAAUAACAGCACCAGAGAAGGCCGUCUACACUUGACAAAUAAUUGAGAGAGUUGUAAAAUUUUGCGAUACCUUUUAAAGAACGUGUACAUUUACUUUUUUCGUGGCAUCUUAUUGAAUAUUCCCAACCCUGAGGUUCAGAAGUAAAAUUAAUAUUGUAUUGCUACUCAUUUUGUAGGUCCCACUGCAGAUGAGCAGAAUUUAUCUAAGAAAGCCACUGUGAUCCGUCAAGAUGAAAAACCCUCUUCUUCUGAAAAACAUCUUCAUAAAGGUACACUUGAAUCUUUGAAACAUGAACAAUAUGUCCACAAGAGCAGUUCAUUGUUUUCUUUGUAUUAAGGUCUGGGAGAUGUACGUUAGUCUAAUUUGGGCAUAAUAAUUAUUGCUUGCGGGGAUGCUAAAUAACCAAAGAAUGGUUGAAGCAUCGAACAAGACUCGUUUAAAACUGACUUACAAGGAAAAAACGUUUUCACACUAGUUACAGGUUAACAAUGUAAGAAGCCGACAAAUAUUACUAGUGUCAGGUUUACUUUUCUCGUGCUAAAUACAGUGUGGCGUAUUGGAGCACAGCAAAAGGAAGUUGCCUUUUAAGACUUUUAACAUAUACACUGAAGGGUUGGUCAUUUUGUUUGGGUUAUUCUAAGUGAAAUUGUCACCUUGGGACUUUGACAUGCUGGCCAUUGCCUCGGUGUAUAGAUCAACUAACAAUUGAUCGGCCCAGUAAGGUAAUCAGGAUUCCAGAAUCCAGGAAACUUUUGCUGGUGGAAUCUGAAAUCCAGGAAACUUUUUCUUUUGGAAUCCGGAAUCCUAGGCUUUGGAAUCCGCAAUCCAACUCAAGGAAUCUGGAAUCUCGCUAAUGAUUGUAAUCCAAAAGCCAAAUUCCGCUGACAAGGAAUCCGGAGUCCAGUACCUGAAAUCCAGAAUCUAAGACUGUUUUGGCGGCGAAAUUGACCUGCUCUUUGUUUUUGUUUGAUUACCGUAAAUUCUCGAUUAAGACCCCUACCUCUAGUAAGAACCCCUUCUUUUCAGGGGAGGAAAGUUAAUAAGCCUUCUCCCUCCCCUCCCCUAAUUAUUUCUCACUAAUAAACGAUAGACUCUAUUAAUCAAUUACCAUUGUAAAACUUAAAAACGGACAAAAAUAGUUGGAUAAUCACUGGUCUGGUUAAAUUUCAGGCUCAAGAAAGGGGAAAAGGCCUUUGUCUCCAAGUAGCACUCCAGCAUCAAAAGUCGCAAAAUAUUUGGGAGAUGAAGGUAAACUUUAUUUAUGCAUAAUAAAGUUUAUAACUGUCUCAGUUCUGAAAGCAGCAUAGGAAGUAGAAAAAUCUUCAUGGUCGAACUUGUGUUCUUAACAUUUUUUGUGCCCCCUGCCACACCCCUUCCCCCUCCUGCUUUAGAGAUGGCUACUCAAGAUUCUGGAGUCACUCUCAUUCGUUCAGUAGCAAAACUUAAACUUCUCAAGUUUGAGGCACGCUCUGUCUAUUUCGAGCGUGCUACAUAUUUCGCAAAGUAGAACCUGGUAAGUACAGAAUUUUUUGUUCGCAUUUUGGGGCAUUUUGUCAAAGUGUAUCAAGUCCUGUUCUUGUCAAUUCCUUGCGAGAUGGUUUAUCGGCGGAAAGGUUAAGUGCCUAAUGAUUUAUUUGUGCGAAGGUAGUGUGGAGAAACACAAUGAUGCAUUUCUGGUUUGAUUAUUUGUUUUUCAACUGAUUUUACGUCAUAAAUAGCCCUCAGGAAUUCAGAAGCUGAGGUAUAUUAACUCUUUCACCCCUAGGCCAAGUUAUGGCGAGAUAAUUUGUCAUUCUAAGUUUUGCAUCUGUGAACGAAACCCUAUGGUGUACCAUGGUGAAUCCUCUUUGGCAGAACUUUUACUUAGUGCUAUUUAUUACUUGGGAUUUCACCAAAAAGAAAUCUGGAAUCUUUGUGAGUUUUCCAUUUUCCACUCUUACUAGUGGAGUGGUAAAUGUAGGAGUGGCCGAAAAUUAAUUCCUCAUAAAAAAAUAAUGCGGUCAGUUUCUCAGUAGUGCUGCGUGCGGGAGUGAAAUACACAAAAACUGGUUUUAUCAACCUGACUUAGUCGACACAGGUAAAUUGGCCACCUUGAAGAGGUUUUAAAGCAUACGUUGGAGAGCUAACGCCUCAUUAGUUGUUUUCGUUAUUCAGCAUUUAAUAAAAUGCAGGCGAACCUUUAUGUGCGACCACCUAUCCAACACACCAAACGUUACCCAGUGGAAGCUUUACAGUUUGAACCUCUCGUAAACAUCAAUCUCCUGUAAGCGACCGCGACCACUUUUGGGGGAUUACGGUUUUAUAGGUUUUUAUUGUUUUUUAUCUCUCGUAACCACUUGAUUCGUGGUUUGAUCUCUAUGCUAGCUGCGUAUACUAUUCCACUCAGUGACAACAUAAAACUACACAUAUCAUAACUUAGAAAUUGCAUGCAAAACAUUAUCUUCUAUAAAGUAGAUGAGCCCGGAUCUCUGGUCGGAAGAGAACCCCUGUUGUUCGAUUCUUGUAAGUGAUCACGUCCCGUAAGCGACCUUUAACACUUAACAUUUUGGGCAGUAGCUUAUGGGAAGUUUGACUGUUUUUGAUUUGCGUAGAACUGACAUAAACAUUGACGUCGGCGAAGACUUUAAAGUAGCGUGUUCUUUUAACUCCCUGUAAGUACUCAAUGUAAAGAGAGUUUACAGUUACUGUAUGGAACAAAGGGAGGACAACAUUUUACAAAUACCCCGUUUGUAGCGUCAAAUGCUCUUGUUUGUGGUUACUGACAGAUAUUUCCAAUCUCCUUGUUUCCAACAGGUAGAGACAGCUUGAUUCUUGUGAAAUUGUUAAAAAAGGAAUACAAAAGACGCUCGCGGCUAAGACCACUUCUUUGGAAUAGAAACUUCAAAUUGCCCAUAGAACAAGUCUACACAAGACUGAAAAUCGUUGCAAGAGGAAAAUUGGCCAUCCAGAUGGAAGACGAGGAGGAGGAAAGCGACGAGGUGGAAAACGACGAGGUGGAAAACGACGAGGUGAAUGUGUUUGACAUCUUCAAAGUUCCUGAUAUAGGUGAGGAUGUUAUGACGAUAGUAGAGGGAAGUCCGGGAAUCGGUAAAACUACAUUUUGCCUUAAACUUGCUUAUGACUGGGCUCAUGGAAAUAUCCCAUCGGAGUGCUCCUUUCCCAAAUUUGAAUUUGUGUUUCUUCUCAAAUGUCGUGACAUUGAUGGGGAUAUAAUGAAAGCUAUCAGUCAACAACUGUUGCCCAGGGAUAUGGAUAUGGAGAAGUCUGUGGAGAAACUGUUGCACUUCAUGAAGGACAUUCAUAAACAGGAGAGACUGAUGUUAAUCAUUUUGGAUGGAUUGGAUGAGCUACCUGAACAAUCGCGGCACCAUGUAGAUGAGCUGCUUCAUAGAAGAAUUUUACCGUUUUGCUUUGUCUUGGCUACCACACGACAAGAAAGAGGAAUCGAAGUACGGAAAAGCGUUGUUUUUGACAUUCACUUAGAAAUCAAAGGGUACACGGAAAAUGAUUCUAUUACUUACAUCAGAAGACACUUUGAAACCAUUGGCCAGUCAGCAAAGGGGGAGAGGCUCAUUGAGGAAAUGGAACAGAACACCUUUUUACAUGCACUUCGAAGUAACCCGUUAAACUUACUUCUCCUUUGUGUUGUUUAUGAGGACUACAAGGGAAAAUUGCCGACUUCCCGGACGGAACUUUACCAAGUCAUUGUGCGAUGUCUUUUAAGACGUUACUGCGGCAAACGCAACUGGCCGGCCCCUAAAGAUGACAUUGUCCUAGAGAAAACGUUUGAAAAGGAAAUUCUUGCACUCGGAGAGCUAGCUUGGUUAUGCCUGCUAAGUGAUCGUUAUGGUUUCUUCGAAACUGAAUUAGAUGAGUUUGAAAGGAAAUACCCCAGACUGAAAGCUCGUGAGCUAGACCUUCUUUACAUGGAAGAAAGUCUAAAGAGACUAAAUCCUCAACAUGAGUAUUGCUUCCUUCACAAGACCUUCCAAGAGUACGUGGCUGCCGCGUAUAUUGCACAGAAGCUACGAAACCAAAAGUUUAAUGUAUUUAAGCACCUCAACCUAAGCUUUGAUGACAUUGUAACGAAAUAUCCACAAGUGUUUAUUUUUGUUUCUGGUAUGCUGGGCGAGAAAGCUACAGUUCUUUUCACCCAGAUUGGAGAGGAGUUGAAGAAGACAUAUGACUGGAAUUGGAACGAGCAUUGCAGUAAGGAGAGAGCUACUUUCUUUAUUGAAAGCUUUAAUGAGAGUGGACAUGCAGAGCAAAUGGCAGUUACUCUUUGUAACAUUGUACCUUUUCCAAAGGUCAUCACUUCCAAGCUAAUAGACAAUUACAAUGCGUCUUUUAUUCAGGUUUUAAUGGCUUGCAGAAGCUUUUCAAAUUUAAGGACACCUGUUGAACUCUAUGCUGAUGUACAUGAAGGUGACUGGGAGAGAAGAGGCCGGGAGAGAGGAGCAAGUGACGUAGUAAAUUGUAUGGAAUCCGACCUGCAGCUGACAAACUUUUCAAAUUUAAGGACACCUUUUAGAAUCUAUACUGAUAUACUUGUAGGUGACCGGGAGAGAAGAGGCCGGGAGAGAGGAGCAAGUGACGUAGUUAAUUUUAUAGAAUCCUGCCCGCAGCUGACAAUCGUAAGUUUUCGUGUUCAUGGUCUGGGAUCUUUGACGUCAUCUGAUGCAGAUCGUCUUUGCAAAUGGUUUUCUGCAAGCAAGAGCUUAUCAGAGUUUACUCUUAAAUAUAGAUCUCAUGUAUUUCUUGAAAAAUAUGAGCUGCUGGUUCAAAUUGGCUGUGGGUUGGCUUCAUGUCGAACUCUGACAAAAGUAACGUUUGCUUUGCCUGGAUAUGCUUAUAACGAGAGUGUUUUCAAUGCGUUCGAAACUGGAUUGACAACGCUGACGUCUGUUCAUCUCGUGCUAUGGGGCUCAAUGAAGUGCACUGCGACACGAGCCUUACAACAUUUUUUGUCAAAUAAAUCCUUGAAUUCCCUUUCUCUUUGUAUUGUUGGAUGUGUGCUGGAUUUGUUAGUCGCUGCUGUCAGUCAAGCACUUGCAAGACAAACAGUUUUAAAAUCUCUUGAUCUACAUCUUGAUGGACUGCUGAGUUCCUCUAGUGCCAGUUUCCUGGAAAAAGGGCUUAUGGAAAAUAGUUCUUUAAAUUAUUUAAGACUUCGUGUCCACGGUGAGCUCCCUAGUAACUGGCAUUCUGUUGUGGAAAAUCUUCGCUUGGCGAAAAAGUCUUCAGUUUGCUGUUCUUUUUAUCCAAAUACCUUUAACAACGUAGCAAAUAAUUAUUUUCAUCCUGUUCUGGUCAGGAAAGGGUUAAAUGUAAAGCAACACUUAACUGUUAACGUCUGGGGUGAGAUGAAAUGCGAAGCGGCAGAAGCUCUUUGUGAAGUCUUGGCACCUUCCUCCAUUACUGUCCUCACCUUAAACGUGUGUGGAAAUUUGACAAGCGAAGUUUCUAGUUCCAUUGCAAGAUGUCUGGAAGAAAACAAGACACUAUCUUCCCUGUCCAUCAAUAUAUGGGGCGAGUUGACAACAGGCGGAGCUAAUGUUCCUUCCAGCCUAUCAAAAAACAGUCGCGUUCAGUUAAAUGUACAUGAUGUGCGUAUAGGCCCAGAUGAGUCGAACGAUAUUCUUGUUACCACUACCGAUAAUCCUGCGGCAUUGACAGUCUUUUUUAAGGAGAGAAGAAAACAAAACGUCCGUCUUACAAUCAAUAACGAUAGUAACGUUACCAAGGAGUGGACAUGUUGUCUAGGUGAUGCUUUGACAGAAAAUCCAUCUCUAACCACGCUUGAUCUUACAGUCAACAGCUGCGUCGUGGAUGCAGAUUUGGGAGAAAACCUCGGGAAUAGUUUAUUACAAAGCAGUUCUUUAACAUCUCUUAGUCUCACAUUCAACUUCAGUAACAUGAAAGAAGGAUGGGAAUCCAAACUGGGUGAGCACUUGAUCAAAAUGGCAUCUUUAACUACACUCAGUCUUGAAAUAAACGGCGAUGGCGAGUGGAAUCAGAAGGAUAGUUUGAGUCCUACACUCAGCAGCCUUGACUAUGUUGAGGAGAAUCAGGAGAAUUGUUUGAGUCCGACUAAACUGAGUAACGUGCUAGCGGCAAUCAAAUCAUUAUCUUCCCUUUCUGUUGCAAUCCAUAGUGAGAGCAUGUGUUCAUUUUGGGAUAAGGUUGUAGGUGACUGUUUGAUAAAAUGCACGUCACUUAAAAAACUUAGUCUCACACUUAAAAAACUUAGUCUCACAUUGAACGGGGGUGAAUCAAACUUUUAUUGGGUUUUUAAUGGCCUUUAUAUGGGCCUGGUGACAACAAGCUCAUUAAAUACAUUAUGUGUUGCAAUUUUUAUUAACAACCACACUGAUAGGUAUUUUUCCAGGUUUUUGUCUGGUCUUAAUCAGGGUCUGUCAUUAAACUCGUCAGUAACUACACUGACACUAACAGUAACUGUGGCAGCAGAUGCAACAGAUGAUAUUAUUCGGCUGACCAGUUUCGAUCACGGACUGUCAGUGAACACGUCAAUAACUACGUUAAAUAUCACAAUAAAUGAGUGUGGUGAUGGAGAAUCGUUUAUACCCCAGUUUCUUGGCUCCUUUGGAGUGUUGGAAGGCUUGGCAAAUAACACAUCAGUUACCACAUUCAAUCUGACACUCAACAGUAGCAAAGAAGUGAGUGAUGACUGGUUAACAGUCCUUUCCGUCAUCUUGAGGGCAAACACCUCAUUAACUACUCUG